CAAACCAAAGAGAGAGGCCUCCCCCAGCUUGAGGAAGGUGCAAGGGAAGCCCAGAUAAAACGUGUGUGGUAGAGGGCUGGAGAUGGACCCUCAGGAGAAGCUCCCCAGGAGCCCUCAGUCUCCAGGUCCUAGGCAACACCUGGCCAGCAAGCCGAAGCCAGAGAAGCAUCGCGUGAAGAUGAAGGCGCCAAAGCAGCACAGCCUGUCUGUGAGGGCAGUGGUGCUGGUGGCCAUAGUGGUGGCAGUGGUGGCGGUAGUGGUUGUGGUGGUAGCCGUGAGGAGGACCAUGGUAGCGGAGGCGGCAGCUGAGAGGAUGCAGGCAGAUGCGGCAGCGGCAGUGGAGGCAGCGGCAGAGAGGAUGAAGGUGGCAGUGGCAGUGGAGGCAGAGGCAGAGAGGAUGAAGGCGGCAGUGGCAGCGGAGAUCGCGGCAGAGAGGAUGAAGGCGGCAGCGGCAGUGGCAGCGGCCGCGGUGGUGAUAGUAGUGGUGGCAUUGGUGCCACGGGGGGGACUAUUGGGGGCCUCUUAGAUACAGGAUGAAAGCGGACAGUUCAAGCCAAUUCCUCAGACCGUAAUGGAGCUGCUGCCUGAUAAGAAGCAAAACCUCUAUAAUGAAUCUACGGCCAUCCUCAAGGACAUGAAGUGGAGGGACACCGAAGAACUGACCACAUUGGUCAUGGGCAGUGAGGACCUGAAGAAGGAACUGCUGGCCAUGCUGGAAAAGUGCCUCAAAGGCUGAAGUCCAGUACAUUGAUUUCAAAGCUUUUUCUGGAAAGCAGGGGUCUCAUUUAGAUGAUUCUCCACAGGGUGGUGGGCCAUUUAGAUGGUUUUCCUAACUCAUAGAGGUGAUUGGGAGUUAGGGGAAGCCUCACCCAUUCAUUGCUCACGGGUUGGGUUCAACUCUCCCAGACCCAGGGAACAUGGGGUCCUAGUCAGAGAUCCUGCCCUGGUGCCCAUUGAAGUCCCUCCCCUGUCUGGCCUGCCUUCAUUCCUGGGAAAAACCGUGACCCAACUUCUGAGCAGUUUUGGGUCAGACGGAAAAGAUCUUGCUAAGUGAAGUCAGUGUGGACUAGCUGGGUCCUGGGGUGACUGUAAUAGGUGUUGGGCCUGAGGGGACAGGCUGGACUUCAAGUCCUGUCUCCCCCAGGAGGUGAAAACUCUUUCCUGGCUUUCCCCUCAGGCUCUCCUCUUGGCUCCUGUGGUUUUACUAUUCUUACUUUGUCUUACAUUGUCUGUGAAGAACUUAAAAAAAGAGAAAUGGACUAAGAGUCAUCUGUUUGCAUCAUUCCCACAGCUUUGCCAUUCCAAACAAUGUUCAUGAUGGAACACUGCUCCUACCCGGGCCCCAGGACCCCUGCUUCGCCCCCGCCUCAACACACUGCUUUUCAGAGUCUACUCACUGGAAUCUUCUUUAAAUAAAUAUUCUUUAUCAAUAAGGGCUAUUUGGUUGCCCUGCAAUGUGGCUACUAUGGUGGCAUGGAUGCUUAAUUCUUUCUUUUUAA